AUGCGCAGUCCGCACUUCGCAACCCAGCACGUGAGCACGACGUUCCAAGCGGUGACGUUUACACAUUUGGCUCUCAUCUCCUUCGUCCGUUGUUUCGUGUCGGCAGUCGAGAUGGUGUCGUACUGUAAGCAACGCGACCAGAGCUGAACCUGAAUGAUCUUCCCGCUAAUUCCACACACUUUGAACCCCUUAGACGACGAGCUCGAGAUCGAGGACUUUGCCUGGGACGACGCCAAGAAGGUCAGCCCUUCCCCCGCCGUUCGUUCCUGUGGCCAGAACGUCCGAACUUACACGAGCCUUGUGAAUGAAGCACAGGUCUUUCACUACCCCUGCCCAUGUGGUGACCGCUUCGAAAUCACGAGGGUGAGUCCUCGCCACCACGGGGCUACCGUCAGUCGGCCGAGCUCACCAUCAAUCCCCGCCUUUUACUACAGGCUCAACUAUCCACAGGCGAAGACGUAGCAACAUGCCCAAGUUGCUCUCUCAUCGUUCGAGUCGUUUACGAUAUGGUACGCCGUGACAGCUUCGGUUACACCCGGGCGCAAUUUUUCAUGCGCGUUGAAGCUAACCUUGAUGCUUCUGUUCGGCAGAUGGAUUACGAGGAUUACAGUGGAGACGAGGAGGUAUGA